AUUGCCACUGCACGUGAAGGGCUUGUGUUUUCUAAGAUUAUUUGUUGGACACGUUGACACUGAUGUUUAAAUAAGAAACAGCAACGCAGGGUGAUUUUACUUGAUGCAUAACUGAUUGGAGGAUUUUAGUCUAUUGCAUAUUACCGACUGAUCCUGACCGACUCAGGGUGUGAAGCACCGAGGCACGAUGAUGGAGGACUACUCUGCAACUGGAGGCGAGAGGGUGAACCCGGGAUACGACGCGUCCCUUGACGAGCCGCCACAUUACGAGGAGUCGUCCUUCUCCGGCACGGCGGGGAACGGCUACGUAGCCGGAGACAAGGGCAAAGCCAGGGAGGUCCGACACUCGGUCGUCAGUGCCUUUGGCCACAGCACACUGGACAGGGUGCCCAACAUAGACUUCUACCGCAACCCGGGCAGUGUCAGCGGGCACCGCGCAAUCCGGCCCUCCCUGCAGGAGCUUCACAGCAUCUUCCAGAAUGGUGGACCCAUUAAUGACAUAGUGGACGAGACAACUGGGAGUGAUGGAACGCCGGUCGACGUGGAGUCGGUCUCACCGGCCGAGGACACAGGAGGAUUAGUCAAAUUUGGCUGGAUAAAGGGUGUAUUGGUACGAUGCAUGCUGAACAUCUGGGGAGUGAUGCUUUUCAUCCGUCUUUCAUGGGUGUUCGGUCAAGCUGGCAUCGGUCUAGGGAUCGUCAUCAUCCUCCUGAGCCUUGUGGUGACCACUGUCACUGGUCUCUCCAUGUCUGCAAUCUGCACCAAUGGCGUGGUUCGGGGAGGGGGUGCUUACUAUCUGAUCUCCCGCAGCCUGGGGCCCGAGUUUGGCGGCUCCAUCGGCUUGAUUUUUGCCUUUGCCAAUGCAGUGGCUGUGGCCAUGUAUGUGGUGGGCUUUGCUGAGACAGUCGUGGAUCUCCUUCAGGACAGCAAUGCCAUCAUGGUGGAUGAGGUCAAUGACAUCAGAAUUGUUGGCUGCAUCACAGUGGUGCUGCUCCUGGGGAUUUCAUUGGCCGGAAUGGAGUGGGAGGCCAAGGCUCAAAUCAUCCUGUUGGUUAUCUUGCUGGUGGCCAUCGCAAAUUUCUUCGUAGGAUCAGUUAUCCCUGCGACCAAGGAAAAGAGAUCUAAAGGCUUUUUCAAUUACCAAGCAUCCAUAUUUGCGGAAAACUUCAUCCCCAAUUUUCGAGACGGAGAGACCUUUUUCUCCGUCUUUGCCAUCUUCUUCCCUGCAGCCACAGGCAUUCUGGCAGGUGCCAAUAUUUCUGGAGAUCUGAAGGACCCCCAAGCUGCAAUUCCGAAGGGGACUCUGCUGGCUAUUUUCAUUACAGGAAUGACGUAUCUGGUUGUAGCCAUUUGUGUGUCCUCUACAGUUGUGCGGGAUGCAACUGGCAGUGUCAACAGCACCUUCUCAGGGCCGGUGAGCUGCAACGGCUCGGCAGCCUGCGAACUCGGCUACAACUUUACAUCCUGCAAAAUCGAGUCCUGCAGAUUCGGCCUCAUGAACAAUUUCCAGGUCAUGACCAUGGUGUCUGGCUUUGGCCCUCUUAUAACAGCAGGAACCUUCUCAGCUACUCUCUCAUCAGCCCUUGCCUCUCUCGUUAGCGCCCCCAAAGUCUUCCAGGCACUAUGCAAAGAUAACAUCUACACAGCGCUACAUUUCUUCGCCAAGGGACACGGCAAAAAUAAGGAGCCCAUCCGCGGCUACGUCCUCACCUUCGCCAUCGCCGUGGCAUUCAUCCUUAUCGCGGAGCUCAACGUAAUCGCUCCCAUCAUUUCGAACUUCUUCCUAGCCUCUUAUGCCCUCAUCAACUUCUCCUGCUUCCACGCUUCCUAUGCAAAGUCACCAGGAUGGAGACCGGCUUACAAAUACUACAACAUGUGGCUCUCUCUGCUGGGUGCCAUAUUGUGUUGCUCCGUGAUGUUCGUCAUCAACUGGUGGGCUGCACUGCUGACCUACGGCAUUGAGAUCUUCCUGUACAUCUACGUUACGGUGAAAAAGCCAGACGUGAACUGGGGUUCCUCGACACAGGCAGUGACAUUUGUCAACGCUGUAAACAAUGCUUUGACCUUAUCUGGAGUGGAUGACCACAUCAAAAAUUUCAGACCCCAGUGCAUCGUGCUGACUGGAGCCCCCAGAUUCCGCCCUGCGCUCCUUGACUUGGCCCACUCCAUCACCAAGGGCUAUGGGCUUUGUCUCACCUGCCAAGUGUUUGUGGGACCACGGUUAAAGAUGCUCCAAGAGAUGAAUGCGGGGAUAGAGCCGAACCAGGCAUGGCUGAACACGAAAAAACGCAAAGCUUUCUACACAGCGGUAGCGAGCGAUUCCUUCAGGGAAGGCGUGGAAAAUCUCCUACAGGCAUCCGGACUGGGCCGACUGAGGCCCAACACUGUCGUCAUUGGGUUUAAGAAAGACUGGAGGACAGCAACCAGAGAGGACGUGCAGAGCUACGUUGGUGUGUUGCACGAUGCGUUCGACUUCGAAUACGGCCUUGUGAUACUGCGAGUCAGUCAGGGCCUGGACAUCUCCUCCAUCAUCGAGGCAGAAGAGGAGAUGGAGAGGUUGGCCCUAGAACAGCAGGCUAUGGAGGCUGAGGAGUUUCAGCCGGCUGGAAAGGGCCCCUUCUGGUCCAGGAAAACAUCUAAACAAAUGCUAACACCACAAGUGUCUGUGAAUAGCCCACAAACGUCUCAGGUACCAAAAGUUAAUCAGAGGUUAAUGGAAGCAAGCACUCAGUUCCAGAAGAAACAAAACAAAGGCACGAUUGACGUGUGGUGGCUGUUUGACGACGGAGGCCUGACACUGCUCAUCCCCUACAUCCUAACCACACGAAAGAAGUGGAAGGACUGCAAGUUGAGGAUCUUCAUCGCGGGGCAGACUGACCGCAUAGAGCAAGACUGGGCAGAGAUGGAGGGCCUUCUGAGACAAUUUAGGAUCAAGUACGUAAACAUCAGCGUCAUCACUGACAUCACCUCCAAGCCAAGCUCCGAGAGCUGGAAAAACUUUGAGGACAUGAUUGAGCCUUUCCGCCUUCGCGAUGGCACAAAGGAGACAGCCAUUUCUGAUGCACAGAAGAAGGAGAACUCGUGGAAGAUCACAGAUGCCGAGCUGGAAAUGCAUGAGGAGAAGACAUACCUGCAAGUUCGCCUGAAUGAACUGCUGCAAGAGAAUUCAAGGGCGGCCAACCUUAUCAUUGUGAGCACACCUAUAGCUCGGAAAGGGGCCGUCUCCGACCACCUCUAUAUGGCUUGGCUGGAUGUCCUAACCAAAAAUCUCCCACCAGUCUUGCUUAUCAGAGGAAACCAUAAGAGUGUGCUAACCUUCUACUCUUAAGUGGCUCCCUCACGGCCAAACACCACAACAGCUUCCGUAAUAUGACAUCCAAUGCAGAAAACGGUUACAUGUGUAGCUCUUCUGCUGCCCUCUAGUGGAAAUACCCAUUUAAUACCACAUUCAACAGCAGUUAGUCCAUGUACUGUCUUUGCAGGAUGAAGAUGCAGAAAAUAUUGUAUAAAUGUUAUGAAUUUACAGUAAAUUAGGUUAGACAUAUCACAAGCCUCCCAUCUUGUACAUUAUUUAAACGACAUAUAAGCUUUUUUCAUAUUUGCUACAUUGCUGAAAUAAACAUGUUUUACAGUACAGUGCCCCAUUUAAAUUGAAUUAGACAUAAAUACAUAUUAAUAAGUCAAUGUAAAUCACGCAUUCUUAAUGUUAGUGGGAGAUAAAUCCCUCCGUAAUUGCCCAAUUACUGCAAUGUAUGGAUGGAGGCAGAGGCGGUACACAGUCAAAGUUUUUUAUAGUGGUUAUAAAGUAGAGUUAAUGGAGAUUUCGUAUGCAGUUCGAAAGCUCUGGGUGGUCUGUUGAUGGCGAUGACACUACCUGUAAGGCGCGAGAUAACCGAAACAGCAGCCCAUCCUGCUGAAUAACCCUACGUACCCAGUCAUUUAGGUUUGAGCGGAAUCUGUUAUUCAAGCAACCGCUUGGACGUUACAAUAUCAUACACAUACAUACUUCAUCUAAAACCUAUUGGGGUUGUAAACUUUAUUUUUAAAUCAUCUUAAUUUAUUGCUGUAUUGUUCUUUGUAUGGACUUCAGUUUAAAUUGCGCUUAUAUCAUUUUUAGGCACUUAGUUUGCAAAUAAAAACACUUUUCAGGCUGCAA